AUGGCUCAAGAACAGCUCUCGAAUAACGCAUGGCGAGUUCCGAAAGGCAGCAACGGUUUCGACGCCCUAGAGCUCAGCCGAGGUGUGCCAAUAGAGAAGGUUGGGGAUCGUGACUGCCUCGUCAAGAUCGAAGCAGUCUCACUCAACUUCAGAGACCUCAUGAUAGCCAUGGGUGUCUAUCCAUUUCCAAUGAAGGGCGAUGUUGUUCCGGGCUCAGAUGGCGCAGGCACCGUCAUAGCAGUCGGCAAGAAGGUGACACGGUUCCAGAAGGGCGACAGGGUCUGCACAACUGUCAAUCAGGCGCACCUCGCUGGUCCUCUCACACCAGCAGCUUCUCUGACUGGUCUAGGAGGAUCACUGGACGGUGUCUUGCGAUCAUACGGCGUGUUUCCAGAGUCAGGCCUUGUUUCGGUACCAUCGAGGCUCUCGUUUCGUGAAGCGAGUACGCUUCCUUGCGCUGCAGUCACCGCAUGGAAUGCCUUCUACGGCCUCCCAGGUAGAGCGCCGAAGCCUGGUGACACCGUACUCACCUUGGGAUCUGGAGGCGUGAGCCUCUUUGCGAUCCAGUUUGCGGCUGCUGCAGGCGCCACUGUCAUCUCGACCACAUCAAGUGCCAGUAAAGGCGAGAAACUUAAAGCACUUGGGUCGUCACACAUCAUUGAUUACAACAAGGACAAAUCCUGGGGUCAGACUGCGAGAUCACUCUCUGCUGGCGGCGAUGGCGUUGAUUUCAUUGUUGAAGUCGGGGGUCCCUCGACGCUGUCGCAGUCAGUCUCUGCCAUUAAGGCGGAUGGAAUAAUCGCUGUUGCUGGAAGCAUCGGCAGUGACAUGUCUGCCAAAAGUGAUCCUGGGUUGUUGAGUACUUGGACGUCGAAUUGUGUUGUACGAGGUAUUGCGGUCGGAUCUCGAGCGUUGUUAGAGGACGCGAUUCGAGCUAUUGAGGCGAAAGGUAUUCACCCAGUUGUGGAUGAGAAGCCCUUCACGCUGGAGCAGCUGAAGGAAGCGUACUCGUAUAUGCUAUCGCAGCGAAAUUUUGGAAAGGUGGUCAUAGAUAUUCAGUAA